AUGGCAAGCGAAAAGGAAGACACAGUUAUACGUGACGAGUGUGUGGACAUCUUGUCUGAUGUUCCAUCCGAAUUUGAAGAUUUUAAGGAGGUAGAAGACAUUGCGUCUUCAGAAAAGGAAAAUGAGGCAACUUCUUCGGAUGAAUCUGAAAUAUGUAGACGGAAAAUUCGGCAACCAAUGCCGUUACCAAGUGAUACAGAAGAAUCAGACGAAGAUAACGGUAUAGAUUGGUCAGAUCUUGAUUUACCACGGAACAAUAAUGAUUUCGAAGGAUCUUUCGGCCCCAACAUACUUUCCAGAGAUGCAACCAAUAUCGAGGAUGUCGUGGAACUAUUUAUUGGGAACGACUUAUUUGAAUUUAUUUGCACCGAAACGAACAGGUACUACGACCAAAAUUCUACCAAGAGGAAGCCCGAUAAAGAAAGUAGAAAAUUCUUCAAUGUUACGCCAGUCGAAUUAAAAAAAUGGUUUGGGCUAGUAAUUCUUAUGGGAAUCAUUAAAAAACCAAAGAUUGACGAUUAUUGGUCAACAAAUCCGCUUUUGGAAACACCAAUAUUUGGCAAAACUAUGUCCCGCAACAGAUUUCGUCAAAUGUUAACGUUUUUACAUUUCUGCGAUAAUAGCAAUAUACCUGACAAUGCCGAUCGAUUGUUCAAAGUACAAGGAGUAAUUGAUUAUUUUACAAAAAAGUUUGAAGAAAAUUUCAAUCUUGGUCAAAAUAUUUCAAUAGAUGAAGGCAUGAUACCGUGGCGUGGGCGACUAAGUUUUAAAGUUUAUAACCCCUCCAAAAUUACUAAGUACGGUAUACUUAUCCGGAUGCUGUGUGAUUCCAUGACGGGAUAUAUUUCCCGUUUUCAAAUAUACUCUGGCAGUAAAAUACCUUCAAAGGAUACAGUGACAAAAUUAUUGAAAAAUGUUAGUGGAAAAUGGCAUCACUUGUACAUGGACAAUUAUUAUAACAGCGUGGACCUUGCGGAAGAUCUGCUUAUAAAAAAAAUUCGCGUUUGUGGAACACUUCGGCAGAAUAGGGGAUUACCGGCAAAGUUGAAAAACUGCAAACUAAAUCUGUUCGAAACCAAAUAUCAACGAAGAGGAGCAGUACUGGCGCAAAUAUGGAAACCAACGAAGGCGAAAAUGAUAAGAAUAAUUUCUACCAUACACAAUGGCGGUUUGGUUGACACAACAAAAAAAUACAGAAAAACCAAUAGCACGAUUAAAAAACCCGCAUCCAUUUUGGAUUAUAAUAAAUAUAUGAAGGGAGUAGACCGAGCUGAUCAAUUCUUGUGCUAUUAUCCUAUAUACCGGAAAACUAUAAAAUGGUCAAAAAAAGUGGCAUUAUAUCUUUUCAAUUGCGCUUUAUAUAACGCGUUCGUAGUGCAACAAUAUUAUAGUACAGAUUCUAAGAAACUCCACUUUUAUGAUUUUUUACUGAAAAUAUCCGAAUCUUGGAUAAAAGAUCAUUCACCUGUUGGUGAAGAGAACUUGGAGGUUCCUAGUACAUCGCGUGCUUCCAGUCGUGGAUCAAUCAACAGACUUUCCGGCCACGUAAAGGAACACCAGCUGAUACGUAUUUCGGAAACUAACAACCGAAAACGCAGAAGAUGUCAUGUCUGUUAUAAGAAUAAAAAAAUUAAGAGAACUAACUUAAUGUAUGAGCUGGAACAAAUGCUGGGGCCACCAUUACCGGAUCUGAUCACAACGAUCCCAGAUCCGCCGACACCAUCGGCACACAUCACCCGGUUCGAUCCCACUAACCCGCUCGGACUGGGCAAGCCCUGA